CGGACUUCAAGCGCAGGAGCACGAUGUCAAAAGACGCUGGCCUCUGGUCGAUCCGGGUGAUUUUGUUGUGCAUUUGCAUCCAAUGGAGCGAUGGACGCAAUUCGCAGUGCUUGCACGUGCGUUUAUCCCACGGCGGUUGGCUAAUUGGACGCCAUUUGACAACCCACAAUGGCCGGCACAUGCGGGCGUUUAUGGGUGUGCCAUAUGCGGAGCCACCUCUUGACGAUCUUCGCUUUCGUCCGCCCGUGUUGAAGGCCCCUUGGGAGGGUGAACGAUUGGCGAUCAAGGAUGCACCCAUCUGUCUGCAGCGCGAUCCCUUCCGGCGCGACAUGAUACUGGAGGGUUCCGAGGAUUGCCUCUAUCUGAACGUUUACACGCCGGAGAGGCCGAGAACAAAUGGAACUUUGCCUGUGAUGGUGUGGUUCCAUGGCGGCGGCUGGCAGUGUGGCUCCGGUAUUAGUAGCUUCUACGGUCCUGAUUUCCUGCUCGACCACGACAUCGUCUUGGUUUCGGCCAACUUUCGAUUGGGUCCUUUGGGAUUCCUUAGCACAGAGACGGUCGAUUGUCCCGGCAACAAUGGCUUAAAGGAUCAACUGGAGGUUCUGCGCUGGGUUCGUGCGAACAUUGCAUCAUUUGGUGGUGAUCCGAACAGUGUUACGGUCUUUGGCGAGAGCGCCGGAGGUGCCAGUGUCACCUAUCACAUGCUGUCGGAAAAGUCGCGCGGCCUACUGCAUCGAGGUAUCGCCCAGUCUGGCACCUAUUUCAAUCCCUGGGCACAGCCUGCGCAUAAGGGAGUGGCCGCUGGAAGGGCAACCAAAUUGGCCCAGAUAGUGGGCUGCGGCAACGCCGGUGAAUGGCCGGAAAAACUGGAGUGCCUGAGGAAGAAGCCAGCGGAGGAUAUAGUGGCCUCCCUAUACGACAUGUUCGUCUGGGACUUUGAUCCGAUGAUACCAUUUCCGCCCGUGAUCGAACCGGAGCACGAUGGCGCCUUCCUCACAGUGGCACCUCGCCAGGCGGCCAAACCACAUGGACUGCAACUUCCACUCAUGGUGGGCGCCACCGCCGAGGAAGGUCUCCUGAAGACCGCCGCCCUGCUCAAUCUUCCCCAGCUGUUGGCCGAGUUUAAGUCUCAGUUUGAGCAGGUCCUGCCCGUCGUGCUCAACUACGAUCACCAUGACGAUUCCGUGCGACAAGCGAUUACGCAGCGCAUCGAAAGCUUCUACUUCAAGUCGGGCCACGAUUACGACAAGGCCAAACACCAGAACCUGACCGACCUGAUCUCGGAUGGAUGGUUUGUAGCCGGAAUCGAUGAGUACAUGCGCCUCCGCAUGUCCCACGAUGACGUGGCUCCCACCUAUGUAUACCUAUUCGAUCACAAGGGAGCUGCCAGUUUUACGGAGAUUUUCAAGGGCGGCCGAAACGAGUUUUAUGGAGCGUGCCAUGCCGAGGAGCUCCAGUACUUGUUCCCAAUUGGCCGGGAGCUAUUCGUGAGUGCGGUGCCGACGCAAAAGGAUCUGGAGCUCCGCGAAUUGAUGCUUCAUCUGUGGGUUAGCUUUGCGAGGACCGGCAAUCCAAAUCCCACGAAUGCUACCUUCCAACUGCCGAACUGGAGUCCCGCAUCCAGUUAUCCAGUGGAAUUCGCCCGACUGGGCACCAAAAUGGAGGACUCCGACUCCAUUUUUCGACUUGAAAACGAGCUUAUGCAGCACCGGGUCGACUUUUGGAGGGACCUGCAGCCCCAUUUGCCCGCCAGUCACGGCCACAACGAGCUGUAGUUAUCCACCAAGUCGUUGUACAAAUGCAAUUCACAUUCUGUCUCAUUCAAUUGUGUUAUUCCACCACAAAUUAUAAAUUGUACUGUACUUAAA